UGCAGGUGAUUCAGCCUGAGUCAGUGUCAGUGGCAGCUGGAGAGACGGCCACUCUGAACUGCACCAUGACCUCCAUUUCCCCUGUGGGGCCUGUCAUGUGGUUCAGGGGGACAGGGCCAGGCCGGGAGUUAAUCUACAGUCAACAAGGAGGCCACUCCCCCCAUGUAACAAGUGUUACAGACACCACGAGGAGAAACAACAUGGACUUUUCCAUCCUCAUCAGCAACAUCAACCCAGCAGACACUGGCACCUACUACUGCGUGAAGUUCCGCAAAGCAGAGCCUAAAAACACAGAGUUCAAGUCUGGAGCAGGCACUCGGCUCAUCGUGAGUGCCCAACCCUCUCCCCCCGUGGUGUCAGCCCCCAUGGGCAGGGCCACACCUGGGCAGACAGCGAGCUUCACCUGCAAGUCCCAUGGCUUCUCCCCCAGGAGCAUCGUCCUGAGAUGGUUCAAAGACGGGAAUGAGCUCCCAGCCUCCCAGACCACUGUGGACCCAGAGGGAGACAGCCCUUCCUACAACAUCUCCAGCACAGCCAGGGUGCGGCUGGCCCGGGGGGAUGUCCACUCCCAGGUCAUCUGCCAGGUGGACCAUGUCACCCUGAAGGGGGGCCCUCCUCUUCGUGGGACUGCCAACCUGUCUGAGACCAUCCGAGUUCCGCCCACCUUGGAGGUUUCCCAACACACCCUGUCAGAGAAACAGGGGAACAUCAUCGUCUGCCAGGUGAAGAACUUCUAUCCCCAGCACCUACAGCUGACCUGGUUGAAGAACAGAAACACGUCCCGAACAGAAACGCUGUUAACUCGAGUGGAGAACAAAGAUGGGACCUUCACCUGGAGGAGCUGGAUCCUGGUGAAUUUACCUGCCCAAGGGGAGGCCAUGGUGCUCACCUGUCUGGUGCAGCAUGAUGGGCAGCCGGCCGUCAGCAGGAACCUCACCCUGGAGGCCGCCCCUAACCCGAAGGACCAGAGCGCAAAUGGACCUUCUGGUGAGGCCUCCACCCCAACUGACCAGCUCUAUUUAAACUUUAUCAUUUUUAAUAAGUAUUCAUUCAUGCUUAUUAUAGAAUAGUCUAGAAGUCAAUCAAUAGAAAGUAGAAUUUUGAAGUGAGCUUCCCCACCUUAAACCCCACAAUAUAAGAGUCAUCACUAGUAAGA